GGCCCCGAUAUAUAUUCAAUGGCGCCGGCGAAGGCUGCAGCCACGGAGGAGGAGAAGGAGGAGCUAACGAUGAUGGCGGUGGCCCGGCGAGAGGCGGCGGCGUCGGUGGCCGUGGAGGCGUGCCUGGUGGCGGCGGCGGCGGGCGGCGCGAUGCUUCUGGCGUGGUGGGCCCUGGCGUUCCACCCGUCCAACAGCCACCUGUGGAUGGUGCCCGUCGGCCUCGUGCUCGCGUGUACCCCCACCGUCGUCUUCCUCGCGCUCACCUUCUCCGGCGCCGGCGCCCAGGCUGCGGCGGCCCCAUUGUCAGCUGUGGUCGUCGUCGAGGAGUAGUAUUGUUAGUUAGUGUUCAUGCAUGUAAUAUUCUUCUUGUUUAGUUUCCUCUGGCUGAUCAUUAUUACAGUAUUUGUUGGA